AUGUCGAAACCAAGAUUACUGUUUCUCACCAGCCCGGAAGCGGGUCAGGCGAAUGUGCAUCUAGGAGUCAUAUCAAGUCUGAAAGCUAAAUAUGGUGACCAAGUUGAUAUUUACCUUGGAUCAUUUGAAGCUCUUCGAAAAAGAACGCCUGAGAAUGUGAUUUUUUUACCUGUUAAAGGCAAAGGAAUGAUCGAGCAUUUACUCGAAAGGAUUGACAACGAAAAUGGAUCAAUGUCGGAUCUCCUUUUCAAACCUGGAGGAUUUAUAGGUUCAAUCAAAACAGCAAUGUCAUUUAUGACUAUUUUACAUUCUGAAUCACCAAUCGAAUACGUCAAUCACGCCCAAGAUGUAGAACGAUUAAUCGAGAAUCUUGAUCCAGAUUUCAUAGUGGUAGACAAUCUCUUCGAAUGUGCCAGAGAUGCUAUUUUGAAAUUAGGAAGAAAAUGUUUGUACCUAAGUCCCAAUACUAUAAAAGAAGUGGCGGCUGCUCAACAAGGUUUGGGAGUGUUCAGCUGGCCAAGCGCCGGAACAGGAUAUUCAUUUCCACUGCCAUGGUAUCUAUACCCAGCAAACAUCAUCAUCACAAUUUUCUCCGUGAUCUGGUUAUUGAGAUUUGAUAAAAGACAUAUUGAAUUCAACAAAGCUAGGAACGCAGCAGGAUAUCAAGGUAGAUUACCUAUUUUUCAAUCAAAAGCUUCCCUAAACUCAACUUUUCUUUGUGUAUCAACUGUAACUUCGAGCCAAAAUGACAAGACAGAGAUUCAAGGUAAAAUACCAGAUUGGUUGGUCUGCUGUGGACCCAUAUUAUUACCUGCACCAUCAUUAGAAGAAAUUGAUCUAGAUUUAUAUAAAUGGGUAAUGAAAAGACCUACUGUAUUGAUUGUGCUAGGGACACAUUAUAAGAUGAGUGAAAAAUCAGCUUUUAAUAUGUUGUAUUCAAUUAGAAUAUUACUUGAAAAAAGACAAGAUAUUCAAGUCCUUUGGAAAUUACAAAAACAAUCGGAAUUCACCAUUAAUUCCCAUGAAUCAGAAAAUGAUAGAAUCAAAAUAGUGGAAUGGUUAAAACCUGAUCCACUAUCCGUUCUCAAAACUGGUAAUGUAAUCUGUUUUGUGAAUCAUGGUGGAAGUAAUUCUUAUCACGAAGGUUUAGCGGUUGGCGUUCCACAGAUCUUGUUACCGGCUUGGGUAGACUGUUAUGACUUUGCAGGAAGGUUAAGUUACAUUGGUAAUGGUGUUUGGGGUAAUAGAUCAGCAGCCCCUGAAGUGUCUGAAGCUGAAUUCACAAGAGCCCUCUUCGACGUUGUGGGCAAAUCCGCAAAGGAUCCUAGAGCCAUCAAGAUGCAAGCUCGGGCUAAGGCGUUGCGUGACAUCGUGACUGAAAAUGGCACAAGGGAAGGAAGUGUUGUAGCGGCUGAUAGGAUCUGGGAGGAACUGACUUUCGAGAUGGCAUGGAGGAAGUGA